AAAAGUUGUGGUAUUGCAGCAGGACGAGGUGGGAGUUGGGGCAUCAGUUUCAGGGUGGGUGCGGGUAGUGGGGAUGGAGGAACUAGGGAAGGGUGAAGGGAGAAGGAGGAAUGGGGGAGAGUCUUACCUCCUCCCUGGCGAAAGAUGUUUAAAGUAGAGUGCCAGAGUUGAGGUCUCGGAGCGGCGGCAGUGACCAGCGCGGGCCGGAGGGAUAAGGCAGUGGCUGUACCGGCGGGCGGGCGGACGGGCAGGCGGUGAUGCGCGGCGAGGCAGCAGCCGGGGCGCGGUGCUGGGUUGGGCUGACUCACUGGGAAAUACCAAGUGAGGGCGCCGCUUGCUAUUCCUUCGGAAGUGAUCGCCACACGCUGCUGGGCCUCCACUCCUGCAGCACCUCCUCUUCUUUCUCCUCCUCCUCCUCCUCCUCCUCCUCCUCCUCCUCCUUUUCCUACCCGUCCUUCUCCUCCUCCUCAUCCUUAUCCUCCUCCCCCUUCCCGUCCCCCCUCUCCUCCUCUCCCAGCUGUGGUAAGGUGGAGCGAGGCCGCCGCUCGCACACCAGGGGAGGCGGAAGCUGCGGGUACACACGGCCACCAGCUUUGUGUGGCGCCCAGCACGGCCCUGCCUGACACGCCCCUCCCUCACGCAGCACACCGCCGCGCCGCUCCUCUGCCGCCACGCGCCGCUCAAACCAUUUCAACCACCUUCACCAUGUUUACCUGGACUCGUUUGUGCCUGGAGAGCAGCGUAAUGAGAUAAAAAGUUACCGUGUUAGUUCCUCGCGAGUAUUAGAGGCACAAUUGAUUAGCGUGGCGGUGGUGCAGACUGACCUGCUGUCAUGACGACCCCAGCCGCCUGCCCCGCACCCCACCCCAUCUGCCCCGCACUGCACCCGUUGAUUGGCUUUCCCCUCUGACUCCGUAGACGUUAGGAAUGUGUUGGCAGUAUGAUGUGUGGGGGACAGAGUCGCGUAGUGUGGGGUGAGGCAGCCGCUAGGGGGCUGUGAGGUGGUGGAGCAGCUAAUGAGGCUGACGGUGACUGUGGGAACUCAGAAGGUGCUCGGAGGGGCCCCGGGAGGCUGGCGGAGGCAGCCGGGACCCGCCAUCUGUCAUGCAGCAACAGAUGGCUCGCCCCCAGCUCCCGUGCUCUCAUGCACCAGCACUGUAGUUCCUGUGGCCGCACUAUGACCCCUAACCGAGCCUUACGUUACCCUCGAGGUCGCCUUAUUAACUGUUGAUGGAGGACUAAAUGCCGGAGGAGAGACGAAGAGAGUGUAAUGGCCUGCUUCCCCUUCAUGUGUCGCCCGGAAGUCCUAGACGAGGAGGGAUCCAAUGGUGUGGGGGCCGAGCUGGCAGCGUCGCCACGGAGGCAGGUGGCCGGGCCUUCCCGUGGCAGAGAUCCUCCCAGCAUGGUCGUCCAAGGAGACUUCCGCAAGGUGAGCGGGAUCAGCACGGAGAUCUUCCGGCAGAUUGAGACAGUCGAGAAUGACCACGAUGCUUCGACGGCCGCGGCCCUGGACGUGGUGGAGCGGCGCGGCGAGAUGGUGGUGCGCCUGCUGGACCCCCGCACCCUCAGCAGGUCCGCCUACGAGCAGGCCAAGCGCUUCCUCGCCGCCCAGAAUGUCAAGUUUAGUGUGCAGAUGGUUGAGAUAGUGAAGCGGCCGGGCCAGACGCUGGGCCUCUACAUCAGAGAGGGCAACGGCGCUGACCGGGCCGAGGGAGUGUUCAUCUCACGCAUCGCUCUGGAGUCUCCCGUGUACAACUCGGGAUGUCUUCGGGUGGGCGACGAGAUCCUGGCGGUGAAUCUGGUGGACGUGACUCGCAUGGGCCUGGACGACGUGGUCAUUAUCAUGAGCAUCCCGCGCCGCCUGCUACUGACCACCCGCUCGCGGCGGGGCGGGCGGGGGGCGCCGCCUUCUCCGCAGCCGAGACACGAGCCCAAGCCACCACCUGUGGUUGUUAUCAAGAAGGAGUACGAAGAGGAACCUCUUGAAGAUUCAAACAGCAACGGGGACACCCUGCGCUUUGCCGCCAUGGGUCGGCCACCCCCACCCCCAUCGCGGCCACCGCCGGGGGUGCCGCAAACUCAGGAAUCAAGAUUCAGCACACUGCCUCGCUACCGGCCACCAGAGACCAUGUCGGCUCUGCGGCACGAGGAGCCCCUCAUGUACUACGGCGCUAGGGGAAUGCCGGGGAAGGGCCCAUACGGUGUGCCGCAGCCCGGCCCGCCUGGUUCACAGCCUGGUGUGCUGGUUGGACCCAUGGCCCACGCUACGCACCCAGGCUAUCAGCCACGCAGCUCUCGACAACCAGGGCUUCCGGGCGCCGGCAUGCAACCAUACGGCGCCCCGCAACGGCCACCCAUGGGGUCUGAUAGGGAGCGGUACUACCAGCCCCCUCCACCAGUCAUCACAGAGCAGCCCCGCCCACAACAUCAGCAGCACUUCACGCCGUACGAACGCUCCUAUCCCAAAACCUUGGAGUCUCUAGCGGAGCGAGUUCACGCCUUCUAUGGGUCGGCAGCGGAUGACGGAAUGGGUCCCCCUCCCCUGGGAGUGGGAGACCUGGCCGUCUCUGUGAGGCAGGGGCGGCCCCACGAACCUCCCAUGUAUGGCACCCUGGGCCGCAGUAGUGUGGGUCGGCCGCGGCUGGCUCGCACACUGAGCGACCAGCGACUGCCUGCUACUGAGCGAGAGAGUUUGAGUGACUACGAGGGAAGCGGCCCCUCGGCACGCCGCCACAAGGCCAGCACGCUGCAGUAUCCUUCAGGGGCGCAAGUUUCUGACCGCGCCACCCUUGAGCGCUACCAGGAGACAAUGCGACGCCUGAGCGCCCUGCGACAGCGGACCCGCUCUGUGGACUACGCCAGCGACACUGAAGUUACGUUACCGCGGUCUUCCCUGCUGGCCCGCGCUCGAGGCGCCCAAGGAGUUGGGGCGGGAGGCGGGGCUGCCCGUUCCAACUCCUUGCCUCGCCACUCCUCCCGUCACCGUGGGGGCUCCCACGUCAGGUUUGAAGCCCGCGGGGGGCCAGCGGUGAGCGAGGACGAGAGCGAUGGUGCUGUCAGCGCACCUGAGAUGCCCACCGGCACCGAGAGAGGUAAGCCCCCCUCUCUCUACACGCACGCCCGGCUUCCCUCGUCUCCCUCCAUCUUCACCUCGGAUGAAUACCGGGCCUGGAUGAGUCGUGCGCCCUCCACCAGCGCCAUCUACGAGAGGAUACGUCAGUCCCACGAGACACUCCGAACACAGCGGGGUGGUCUGCGGUUCACUUACAGCGCGGACAACCUUACGGACAAGAGCAGAGAUGAAGCGCCCUACUACAUGCAGCGGCUGCACCUCGGGCCUGGCGCAGUAGGGGCGGCGGGCAGCGCAACACGGCAGCUGGGGCGACUUGAGGGUCAGUCCCGGCGGAUGAGAGCGGCUCUAGAGGAGGCUCGAGGCGUUCCUCACCCUUCACCGACUCGAGGCAGACCCGCCCUCAGACUCAUCGAUAUCAACCCCGCAGAGUUCCUGAAGUACAAAGUGGGCGUGGGCAACAUGGGCGGGGUGUCGGAGGGCGUGUCGGGCAUGCUGUGGGUGCACUUGCUGGCCGGGCGGGGACUGAAGGCUGCAGGGCGGUCUGAGUUCCGGGACCUGUACUGUGUGCUGGAGUGUGACCGCGUGCACAAGGCGCGCACGGUGGUCAGGACGGGCGACCUGAACUUUGACUGGGAUGAGACCUUCGACCUGGACCUCAUAAAUAACAAAGAGCUGGACUUUUUGAUAUACUCGUGGGACCCGCAGUUCAGGCAUAAACUAUGUUAUAAGGGUUCGGUACACCUAGUGAGUUUACUCAAGGAAUCUCCGCUGCAUCAACUCGCACUAAAGAUAGAGCCCCGGGGCACACUUUACCUCAAGUUGCGCUACACUCCGCCCCGUCAGGCCUUCCUCCGAACUCCGAGCGUGCGCAAAAAUUCCUUGUUUGGAGUGGAUCUAGACACUGUGUCCAAUCGUGAGUCUGGCGGCGGCACAGUCCCACUCAUCAUCGCCCGGUGUGUAGCCGAGGUGGAGCGGCGGGGCCUGGACAUCAUUGGCCUGUACCGGCUGUGCGGAUCAGCCACCAAGAAGCGCCUCCUCAGGGACGCCUUCGAGAGGAAUCCUCGCCUGGUGGAUCUGUCCUCAGACAACGUGCCGGAUAUCAAUGUUAUUACAGGCAUCCUGAAGGACUACCUGCGGGAGCUGCCGGAGCCUCUGUUCACCAAGUGUUUGUAUCAGAUGCUUGUGGACGCGCUCACAGUCAUGCUGCCAGACGAUCCGCAAGGCAACGCUAAACUCAUGUUCUCCAUCCUCGACUGCUUGCCCAAAGUUAACAGGGUGAGUCAAAUGACCUUGUUCCUGCUAAUGGAUCACUUGCGGCUGGUGGCGAGUCAGUCUGAGCGUAACAAGAUGACCACACAAAACUUGGCCAUCUGCUUUGGGCCUGUGUUGAUGCUGCAGAGUGAGAGUGAGGACCCCAUGGACUUCCACCAGCCUAUUAGUAUUCUCAAGUUCCUUCUCGACCUCUGGCCCUCCAAGUCAGCUCGGGAAGCGGAAGCAGCGAAUGCUCGGAGUGCGCGGCCUUCGCACCUGGACCCGGGGAGGCGGAAGGUCGGGGGUCCCGGCAGCCGCAUGACCACACCCAGGACCACACCCCGGACCACGCCCACCAGCCAGUCCCCAGGCUCAGAGAGCGACUCCUCCCCGAAUCCUCCUGUUAAUCUCCGGCCCAAGCUGGUGCUCGGGGCAAUGGCCACCACCAGCUCAGGUGGAGACCCCGGGAGUGGAGCAGCCAGCGGGCCCUCUGCCCCCGGCUCUACCUCCACCACCUCCACACCCACCUCUUCCAUCACGUCCCCGCCAUCCACUACCGCCGCUCCGACAAGCUCCCUGCCAGCAGGAUCCUCGGAGGCGGCGUCAACCCUCACUGCCACCCGCGGCCUCGACCCGGAGACGGAGACCGAGGAGGAUAAGGACGGGGCCGAGACGGCGUCCAGCUAGCCAGUUCCUUGGCCACUGGGACGCCCUAGCAGGUCCUCUGAGUGUUGAGUUCUGUGGUUGUGUACAAGGAAGCAAUGCCACCUUAGGUCCAGCAUAUUUGGUCUGUCGAUGGCUCUCUCGUAAAUCUGUCUCUGCUCUCCAAGUCUCCGUGAAAUUGGCCAGAGCCCAGUUAACUGGCUGCCGCCAUGUUGACGAUGGGCAAGGUUCUGAUGUGUUUAGUAAAGCCUAAAAUAGCACUAGUUGCAGCCCAGAAGAAAUUAGCUGAAUCCCUAACAUCACUUGUUGCAAGGAAGUUCCAAAGCCUCCUCAAGUCUGUGGUGGUCGUUGGGUAUUGGCAUCAAUACGUGGAAUUACUCGGGCAGGUGAGGGCCACCUAUACUGGAGACCACGGGAUGGUGUCAUUGGGCUGUGCAUACAAGAGGAUGUUGGGGACACAACACCGCAGCUGUGGGCAAGCCUAAGCAUUACCCUCGAUCGCCGCCUGCGGGACGAGGCCACUGCGGGAUUUAUGCAACUUGUGUUACAAAUCACUGCCACAAACUUUUAAUUUAAUAUAUUGUCUCAGUGGAGAUGUCAAAUAUUAUCACUAGAUAAACUGCCAAGAGCUUGUAGUCAGUGGGAGUGCGGACACUGGAGUCAGCAGACAGGGAGCCAAGUGUCUGCGCUGCCCCAGUAGUCUGUGGUGUUGAGAGUAUUCAAACGGCGGUGCAAACUACUUGCCAGAUGGCUUCCAUUUCCCUCACGCCCGAUGUUUCCCAUGCAGACUGUGAGGUAGAGUACCAGACACUGUUUGAUGCUACCAGGCGUGCUGCAGCCCUGACCCCGGCUGACCUGGCGGUGACGGUAUUCUCGGUGAUCAGUGGCUGAGGUUGAAAAGUGACGUUAGAUACCGAGUCAGUCAUUCAGUAACCUCAGCCAAAGGGGACGUUACCCGCCUAGAAAUCCUUUUAAUCCACAAAAGUAGCUGUGUAGCAUAAUUCCAAAUUUCUGCCAAGGAUGUCUCAUUUCUAUGACCUUCCUUGGCAUCAUCAACUGUUCCUGUAACUUUACUGUCACUCCAGGAGUCAUACAGAGCAUGAGGUGUCUCUCCCUCAAUUGCUGGGCCUCAGGCUUUCAAAAGCAGUAAAAAAAUAAUCCAAUUUUAAUGAAAUUCUUAGACAAGCUAAACAGUACAGUCACAUGAUGCAGUUUUAACAUUACUUACACCACCAGAGUCCAUCGGGACCAUUAGACUCAGAGGUGACUCACGACCCUCGCGUCAGCCCUGGCACACUCCGCCGUUACCCUAAGGUCACCCGGACACUAUGGUCAUGUUUGUGCAGAACAUCAUACCAGGAACUCCAUCUUCCUUCAUCAAGGUCACAAUAGCUCCCCACUGCACAACCUGGGUGCAUGUAAGCACUGCCGCCGCGCAGAAGUGCCCAGCUCGGCGCCCGGCGUGCUGGCAGUGUCUGGUGCUCCGGGGUCGUGGUCAUGCGCGCUGUGGACGGCGUCGCUGCCGGGGCAACGAGGACCUCAGCUUGCAUGCACGAGUUUUGGUGCUUUGUCAGUUCAACUGCCUUUCAGACAUCUUUGUGUGGUUAAGUGAAAUGCAUGAAUAGUAUUUGCCCAAAUGUACUUUUAAGGAACGACAGACGACGGAUGAGCGAACCAGAUGCCAUAUUCCUUCAUUCCUUUAUCAGUGUUGACAGGGUUGCACUCACACUUCUGCAGUGCUCUUGUACUUGAAUGGUGUCAAAUUUUUUAUAUGUACAUUUUCUUUUGCUUCUAGUCUAUUUAAUAAUUUUAUACUUAGAAUACUGUGAAAAAUACCUUGAGAUCAUCCACAUUUCCGUAUAGUUGUGUAGGGUCAGUGUGAGCGAGCGAGUGAGGCAGUCCACACCAUGGUUACAUUACUGAGUUAAGCAGCAGUAGCUAGAUCAUGUUCACCAGUGUUUGUAGGCCAGUGAUGAAGACAUCAAAAACCUUAAAACAAAAUAAAUGUAAAUACCGUUACUUCAAUCUUACUGUACACUGGCCACGCCGAGACGGAAGUGACAAGCCGGCAUCGGUCUGAACGCUGUAUGUACCUCAGAAGCCAGGAAGUCAGUAAUGCAUUUCCACCAGUACUUGAAGAAUACAUUGGCUUGUUGGGUUUUUCUGGUCUUUUUUCUUCUUUUGUAGUUAUUUUCCACACUGUACUGAAGGUAGCUGCUGUUUGUGUAGUCCAGUCUUCACCAACAAGCCGGUCACCAUCUGCAUGAACCAUUUCUUCAACUUAUACCAAACACUCAGAAAACUAAAGCUGCGUUCCAGGCAGCCAAUACUCAGGUUUGGCACUACGUAUAGGAAUCUGUUGUCACCUGAUUUUCCUACUCCCAUAAUAUCGCAAAGUCUGCUAACGGUCGCCGCUCUUAAUCGAGAUGUCAUGUAUCUAAAAGCAAACAAUCACGCACACUCUAGGCUGUUCAUGGAUGUAGUGAGGAACUCUGUCUUGGGUAUAGCUGUGUGAAGCACCAGCCGGUCGCCGCCACCACCACCACGUUGGUUCCGCCUUCACACACCACUGGCUGGCUCCCCUUCAGCUUAACCUCACCCAUUGACAUCAUCAUCUUUGGAGUGUUGUUCGUUAUCAUUGUUUUUUUUUUUUUUUUUUUUUUUUUUAAGAAUGAGAAAGGCUCUUAUUAAUGGGAAAAUUUAUUGAAUGCAAAUUUCAACUUUCCAUUUCCUUGUGAAUUUGAACUCAGUAGCUGAUAGGUGAAGCUGACACCUCUUUGCAGACGCACCUAAAUUUAUUUGGUUUAUUUCUUACAAAAGUGUAUAAUAUCACGUUCAUUUGCGCCAUUUUUAUAGUUGAAGAGCUUCCUAUGGACUUACAUCCAUAGCCUUUCCUUCUUGUUCCACAUUGAUUAGUAUGACUAAUCAUGGUCAUUAAGUAAAACUACCAUUUCAUUACUUGCCUUCUUUCACUGUUAUUAUUAUUUUCUUUAUUAGUAUACUGAAUUAGGAUGUUCUCCUCUCAGGUGGGAAUGUACCUCCUUGAAACGAGGCCUCCUUCCUCCUUCCAUUCAGUCGCAUAUGUUUGUAGCAAUAAUGAGAAGUUAGAACACUGCUGAGAGUGCACAGGAUGGCAACAAGGCAGCAGAGCACCCCGGCACUCGGCUUGAGUCACCCGGAAGCGAGAAUCCUCAAGUUAUUCGUCACUCAGACCGUCAUUUCCUGAAGAAAUACAAUAUAGUACCCGUAGUCAGCCAACCCAAGGUGAAUAACUCUACAGGGUUCCGGUUCUCUCAUAUCAGAAAGAGCACAAUCACUCCUCCGUAGGUGCUUGGUGUGAUCUCUUGUAAUUAACCCUUUAAAAAUUUUGUGGCCCUUUCCCCCCAUCGAGAACAUUUUUCAAGACGAGUAUCGGGUCACGGCGGCAGGCGUUUGUCCCUCUCCCGGCCCAGCACCGACCAGUGUCUGUAGUACCUGCACUAUGGUAGUGUUUGCAUGUCCGGUACAGUACAUGGGCUCUCUACUGAGGUGGCAGCCAUACUCACACUCAACACAGAGACAACUGCUGAGCCUCUUGUGAAUGACUGUUUGUAUUUUAAGAAUAUAAAAUUAUACAGUUGCUUAAUAUUAUGAAAACAUACUUGUAAAAACGCAAAAAAAAAAAACUUUGUUUCGUGUCAGACCUGUAUGUGAGAUAUAGAAUCACCCCCAAUGAGCUGGUAUGUUUAUCUGGCCAAAUAUAUUUAGACUGAAGCUGUGGCGUGAGCGCUGCACAGGUUUAAUAGAGUGGUCAGAGCUACAUUAAGUGUUACAAAUUGCACUUGCUUGCCUGUGUGUGGUGUGAGGAAGUCAUUUCGUUAAGUAUUAUUGUGUAUUCAUUCAUAGUGUACUACAAUAAGGUGAUAAAAGUUGUUGUUAGGGGUGCAGUUAGAUUGUGAGAUGUUGCUACUUGUUUCAGAAGCCAACUGUUGGGGUGCAGCGUGGUCUGGGUGUGGCUAGACCUAUCGUGUGGUGUGAUGAGGUAUGGUGUGGUGUGGUGUGGUGUGGAGUUUAUAUUCCUGGUGUGUGAGAGAAAGAAAGAAAGAGCAAGACUGCUUGGUGGUUGGGUGUGCGUGGUGUGUCGGUAUGUGUCGGCCUAGCGCGGGAUGAGUUGAGUGAGAGGCGUGAGGUUGGUUGACUGUGUGUGGUGUGAGUGCGGUUGUCCUCCCCGCCCUGCGCCUUAGAGGAAUGGUAAGGAGUGCCGCCCCUCCCCCACUGAGCGCCUUGUCCCCGCUGGUUGUGGGGCUGAAAUGUCAUGGAUUCUCACAAAUUCUGCAGAUAUUGUCAUGCUUUCUUCCUCGGAGGGUGGAACCUGCUUGAAUGUCUUCUGUAUCAAAUGAAAGAAAAAAACUAGCAAUGAUAAUAAAAUCUUUUUGAAAUAGCAAAAAUAAAUUAUAGAUAAAUCAAUAUAACGCUGUAUACAGGAACAAAGUUUGCAUCGUAAUCAAGACCACAACAUGAUGUAAUAAAACCAGUAAUAAUGAUGAUCAAUAACAAAUAAAUGAAUUACAAAUAUCAUUGAUGAAUGAUAAAUAAUAAUAAUGAUAAUAAUAAUAAUAAUGAUAAUAAUAAUAAUAAUUAGCCUUAUUGUUGUUAGGAGUGUUAUGGUUAAGGUACUAGAGACCAUUUUUCGUGACUUUACAGCAAACCAUUGGAGAUGCAUUGAAGCAGUUAGCAUCCUUUCCUAGGUGAUGACGCCAUUACUCCCUCCCUCCCCCUCCGUCGGCGCCCUCCCUUCCUGUAUAGCCCCCUCCCUAGUCCCCCGCUGCAGCACCACUAGCCCCGUUGCCUGUGCUGGGGGUAGAGGUUAUGUUGCUCUCUUGUCUGUAAAUACACACCAUUGUUCACCAUCUUGCAGCUGAUUUUAUGUAUAUGAGAGUGUUUAAAAGAAUGCAUCUGUUGUUUAUAUUUACAAAGGUAAGAUUUUUGACUAUGGAACAUGUGUAUUAGAGGUGUAAUGAGGAGAAAAAGAAUAUCAGGGCUAUUAGUAAUCAUGAUAGUUGCUUUUCAUGUUAGUGUACUCAGUGGCUACGGUGAAAUGAUUGUGCUUUGUACAUAUCAGUGUGUUAAUUUAUCGGUCCAGGGAGCGGAGUGGACCAAACCUUCUCUUUUUUCCCCGUCAUCGGUUACUUUGUUUUGCAUCCAAGCGGCCCACUCCAGCCUCCCCCGCCACCCGGCUGGUCACACACACACCGUGGAUGAGGAGGCUUUCCAUGUGACGGCUCAGUAUUUCAGUUUGUUGCGUAAAUAUUCCGGCGAUAACUUCCACCUCUUUCCUCCUUCCACAUUACACCCCAUCGGAUUUACACCGCCCAUCCCGUGCCCUUUCCUCCCCAGCCCGCCCCCCCACCCGCCCGUCCGCCCACCCGUCUCCUCCCCCACCUCAGUCUGGUCCCGAUGUGCCAAAAACCCCACUCCCACCACCCACCCCCGCCCGGCUGGUCCUCCCGUUACUACUAGAAAUCCAGUCACGCACCUGCAACCCCGCCCAACUGAUUAUGACAACGUUUUCUGUGACUUUGGUUUAUUGUUCGGUUUCUGUUCUGUUUUCCGUCUCCCAAAUUCCAAUCCGCCUGUUAAGUACAUACCUACGUACAGUACUACUACCUACCACAGUUCCAGUGUUACCAACCAAGUACCUCAGCUUGAUUCUUCCUACAUGACCACUAAAGCGUCGUGCAGUUAUUGCCAUAGGUCGAGUAACCCUCUGCAUUUAGGUCCACUGUAUUUCAUGUUAUUUUUCCUCUCAGCCCUGAGUCCCGUGGUCUGUUGAGAAUCUCCCGAAUGUCAGACUUAGCAGGGAGAUUGUUAGCAGUUUAUAGGACUUAAGGUUGAAGUAAAAAGGCAAAACACAGUGGAAGUUCUUGCAGAAGUUCCUCUUUCUCUGACCACGACUGUACGUGCGUUCCUCUAUUAUUUUUUAUCCUCGAUCUAAAUGACAAAAAAAUGUAUAUAAAUACUGUUUUCCUCACUCAUAACAAUAGUUGCCCCUUCUUCCCCUCCUGAACCCGAACCACCAUUGCUACACCUGCAGGCUUGGUUCUCAAAGAUUCCUGACGCCUCAGCAAACCGCCUCCCUCAUGUCAGCCGGGUCCGAGAGGCCAGGCAUGUAAAUUUUGUCCUCCAUUCCUCCUCCUCCUCCUCCUCCUCCUCCACCUCCACCGCCCCGACAGUUCCUUAACUCCAGCAGAUGUACAGUGUAUGAGAAGAAAAUGCUCAUCUUACAUGGACUAUGUAUUGUCGGUCAUAAGUGGGUAAAAACUUAAUAACGAUUCUCUCUCUCUCUCUCUCUCUCUCUCUGAUGAGACUGAACAACUCCCUCCCUCAUUCCCUCCCUCCCUUCCCACCCAAUCCUAGAACACUGUCAGCCAACACAACUAUUUGUAUAUUUCCCUACAUAUCACAUUUCUUUCUCCUUGGAGUAGGGAAGGGCGAGCUCUGUUGUCUUGGCCCCGGAGCCCCGACGCCCCUUCUCCCGCCCCCAGCACCCGCCACUCCACCGGCGCCCCGUCACUCCUCGAUCCCCUGCUCUGAUAACCCCAUUACCCAUACAUGACAAUAACAACACCCGACUCUUCCUUUCUUGAUGAAAUUUCAGGUCACGAGAACUUUUGUAUUUCCCCGUGCACGAGGAGUCCGUGGGACCCUCAUGGUGGAAGUGGCAGGGGAGCGAGGAAAGGGAGGGCAAGGGUGCUGCCUGAGGUGCAACACUGACUGCCUCUUUGUGUCCUUCUCAAAUAAAACGGUUUCCAUGUU